AUGCAGGACGCUUCGUCAUAUUAUUACGAAUUACUGUAUGAUUUCUCUCAAGGACUCAAUCUUUGCGGUACAACUAAAGAUUUGUAUAAUGGAACGGUUUCGGAAACCAUGGCACGUUUAAACAGUGAAUUAGGAUUUAACACAGCUGGUGACACUUUGAAUGGACACGAGAAUAACUUUCUCAAAGCGGCCAAGUGGUCGCCCGAUGGAAGUUGCCUUUUAGCUUCGUCUAACGACAAUGUAUUAAGGCUUUUUGAAGUAACACCAAAUAUUUAUGAAACCGAUGAAGAAAUAGAGCUCAAACCAUCAUCAGUCCAUGUCCGCGGGGCCGAGACCAUAUACGACAUUUGCUGGUAUCCUCUAAUGUCUGGCGAAGAUCCGACGACUUGUUGCUUCUUAUCGGCAAUGAGAGGUCACCCUGUACAGCUAUGGGAUGCAUGGACAGGAGAGCCUCGCUGCGCGUACAAGAUUAUUGAUCACCGCGAACAAGUUAUUGGGCCAAAUGCGGUAACCUUUAAUCUAGACGGAAGCAAAAUCUAUUGCGGAUAUAAAAACAUGGUAGAAGUAUUCGAUAUCACGCGCCCUGGUAAUGAGAGUGAGAAGAGGGCUACAACACCUACUCGUAAGAGUAAGGCAGGCCAAAAAGGAAUAAUAUCAUGUCUUGCUUUCAAUCCUGAUCGUUCUGGUUUGUAUGCUGCUGGAUCAUAUUCACAGUCAAUUGGCAUCUAUCACGAAGAUAACAGAGAACUUUUACACCUCAUUCGCGGGAAUGUUGGCGGUGUCACGCAGGUUCAAUUCUCACCCGAUGGUUGUUAUCUGUAUUCGGUCUCUCGCAGAGAAGACUUUAUAUUCUGCUGGGAUAUACGUAACACCGGAGAGAUCCUACACAAGAUGGAAAGACCAGGACAAACGAAUCAGAGACUAUCAUUUGAUAUAGAUCGCAGCGGGCGAUGGUUGAUUACUGGUGAUCAGAAUGGUCGGAUUCUAUGUUAUGAUCUUAUGAAUCCAAACGACGAAAAUUGCAGUCGGUGUGUAUUGGAUUUUGUUGGACAUAAUGAUUGUGUUUCCUCGGUUACCUUCCAUCCUACCCAUCCCUUGAUUGCCACAUGUUCAGGUCAAAGAAAAUUUCCAAAUUACGACGAUUCGGCCAACGAAGAUGAUACGACGAUUUUACACACAAUUGACAACACUGUAAAAUUUUGGAAGGUUACAGGACAAUAUCAAUGGUUCAAAUAUGAAGAGACUAUCGCAGAAGCGACAGAAGGGAUGGAAAUAGAAGAACGGCAAGAGGUUUCAACAGUGAUGAAAGAAGAAAUAGUAAUAGAAGAGAUAGAAGAGAUGAACAAGUCUGCCUGA